AAAAAAAUUCACUUUUACCCAAAAACCUAUCAUUAUGUCACGCUUGGAAUCUACAAAUGAAAAUAAUGAAAAUUCUUUUGACCCAACUCCAAAAUUAAAAUCUAGCCCUAUACCGAUUUUGUUUAUUUCUUUUAAUCGGCUCCAAAAUGAAUGUAGUUAUUGCGGAAAUGAAUAUUCCGUAACGGUUUUAUUUAAUCAAAAAUAUUGUAAAAUAUGCUUAAUAAAGUAUAUUGAAAAUAUAAGUGAUAAUAGUGAUAUGUACUUAGAUAUACGUAUGAGUACAAAUGAUAUACGUCAUAAUAAGAAUGAGACAAGCAGAAAUGUGAAUUUUUGUACACAAAAUAUUCAAGAAAAGUUUGAUAGUCGCUGUGAUAUCUUAUAUUUUAAACAAAUAUUUUCAUACUAUUUUCGUUAUGAAAAGCAAAAAAGUACAAGAAAGUGAGAAUUGCAAAUUAUGUGGAAAAUUAUUCCCCGAACAGAGCUGUUCGUUCAAAAUAUGCCCAGAUUGUUAUCAAAUUUCUCAUGGACGGUUAAAAUCAACUUUGACUAAGGAAUUUAUUCCAAUUCUAUGUUUACCAUGGUGGGAUAAUUGUAAUAUUUGUAUAAACUGCAAGUUAUCCCUAGAGUUUAUAUCCGAUUGUCAAAAAUGGUGUUCAGAUUGUUUUGCAACUUAUACUGGAUGUAGAUAUUGUUUAACAACGAAUAUUAUUUUUGGAAACACUGCUCAAUCUCAAUGUAAAAAAUGCAAUAGACUACUAUCAUUUAUUACUAUCACAUAUAUCGACAGUGAGAAUUUUGAUAUAGAAAAAUUCCUUGCCUCUACAAGAGUAAUAUUGAAUCGGAGAAUAUUUGAUUCUUUCGUUAAAGAUUUAAAUUCUCUUGAGAUAUAUGAUGCUUUUUUCAGGUUUAAAAAUGAUUAUUAUCGUUAUAAAUCAUCAGUAAAAUGGAUUAGAUGGAUUCCAUAUUCUCGAAUUACAAAUUUGGAAAAAAUAGCAGAAGGAGGGUUUAGCAUUAUUUAUAAAGCACAGUGGCGUCACUUUAAUCAAGUAGAGUAUUAUAAAAAAACAGUUAUUAUAAAAAGAUUUCUUAACUCGUGGGAUAUGGACAAAUAUUUUUUAAAUGAGUUAAAGUCACUUUAUAAUUACAAAUAUGACGCAAAUCACAUUAUUGGUUGUUACGGAAUUACACAAAAUCCUGAAACAAAGGAAUGUAUGCUAAUAAUGGAAUAUGCAAAUGGAGGAAAUUUACAUAAUUAUUUACAAGAAAAUUUUAGAAAUAUUACAUGGGAAAUGAAAUUAAAUAUUUUAUCAUAUAUUGCUAGAGGACUUACUAUUAUUCAUAGAAGAAACUUUAUACAUCGAGAUUUCCAUAGUGGAAAUAUAUUAUUAGAAAAAACGGGGCAAAUAGACCAAAGAUGGAUAAUUGGUGAUUUAGGGUUAUCACAAUCUGCAAAUAGUACUUUAUUAAAUAAUGAAAUAUAUGGAGUAAUGCCAUAUAUUGCACCAGAAAUAUUUAAAGGUGCUACUUUUUCAAAAGAAUCCGAUAUAUAUAGUAUGGGUAUGAUCAUGUGGGAAUUAACAACAGGUUGUAAACCUUUUGCCAGUAUUAGGCAUGAUGCUAACCUUGUUUACGAAAUUAUUGAUGGAGAAAGACCCGAAAUUACACAUGAUACUCCUGAAUGUUUUGCUAAUUUAAUGAAAAGUUGUUGGGAUUCUAAUCCUGCGGAAAGACCUUCCGCAUUAGAAGUUGCUAAAGCUUUGCAUUCUAUAGAAGUAUCAAAUUUUUUACAAGUUGAUCGGGCUGAAGAAAAACGAUUAGAGUUAAUUAAAUUGAAGAAACUUGGCCCCGAAUAUACAGGAAAAUCUCAUUCUGGCGCUAUUUACACUUCUAGAUCAUUAGGAUCUAGGAGUACUAAUUCUAUAUUUAAUAAUCUAUAUUUCUCUACAAACUUAGUGACUACGAAACAAGAAUAUAUUACAAAAGAAUAUGAUUUUGAUAUAGAUAUGCAAAGCAAGCAAAGGUCAUCUUUACUAAGUACUAAUUCUACUACUCGAGAUUUUUCGAGAAAACGUCAUUUUGAAGAAUUAGGAAUUGAAACUCAAAACGAUAGGAAACGUAUUAAAACUUAAAUACAAAUUUUAUAGACUACUUUUUUGAUAUACUGUACAUGUUGUAUUUUAUAGCAGAAUUUCAUAUAUUAUUUUAUCUUUAUUUUUAUUAUUUUAUAUAACUUUUUUUUUUUUCAUUAAAUAUCGUAAAUUAUUUUUCUUAUAAUUUAA